AUAUCGCCAUUGGGACGGUACUCAAAAUGGCGUCAGAUCAUAAGCCCUAAUUCACGAACGGGUGUCUCAGCUGCAGACCGGGACAAGUUAGAAAUUUACAUCACGAUAUGGAUAUGGAAAGAGAAGAAAUAGCUUUGGAAAAUUAUUGUUGCUGUAUACACUGAUAUCGCUUAUCGUCUAAAUACCUACAUAAAGUCAGAAGGGAGAGGACAACUUCAAACAGCCAUGGCAGAGGAACGUCGGCAGAAGCAGUGCUCGGUUGUCCUGCCCACUGAGUCCAUGAAGGCCAUGGCAGAGUCUGUUGGAGUUGGGCAGUUACAGGAAGAAAGCUGCGUAGCCCUGAGUGAGGAGGUCAGCUACCGAAUAAAAGAAAUUGCUCAGGAUGCUUUAAAGUUCAUGCAUCAUGGAAAGAGACGGAAAUUAACCACCAGUGACAUAGACAAUGCUCUCAAACUAAAAAAUGUGGAGCCCCUGUAUGGGUUCCAGUCGCAAGAGUUUAUCCCUUUUCGCUUUGCAAGUGGUGGUGGAAGAGAGCUUCAUUUCUAUGAGGAAAAGGAGGUCGACCUUAGUGACAUUAUAAACACACCGCUCCCCAGAGUUCCACUAGAUGUCUCUCUCAAAGCCCACUGGUUAAGUAUUGAAGGAGUUCAGCCUUCAAUUCCAGAAAAUCCACCACCAGCAACUAAAGAGCAACAGAAGACUGAAUCCACAGAGCCCCUCAAAGUUGUCAAACCUGGUCAGGAGGAGGAUGGGACCAUACAAGGCAAGGGUCAGGGUGCAGCAGCUCCAGAUGGAAAAGGAAAGGAGAAGGGUCUGAUCAGGUUGAAACCGCGCAGCACUCAUGAACUGUCUGUGGAACAGCAGCUUUACUACAAGGAAAUCACAGAAGCAUGUGUCGGCUCCUGUGAAGCAAAGAGAGCAGAAGCCUUACAGAGUAUUGCUACUGAUCCAGGACUUUAUCAGAUGCUUCCAAGAUUCAGCACAUUUAUUUCCGAAGGAGUUCGUGUAAAUGUGGUGCAAAACAAUUUGGCUCUGCUGAUUUAUCUCAUGCGGAUGGUCAAAGCUCUGAUGGACAACCCCACCCUGUACUUGGAAAAAUAUCUCCAUGAGCUCAUUCCAGCAGUGGUCACCUGUAUUGUGAGCAAGCAGCUGUGUUUGCGACCAGAUGUGGACAACCACUGGGCCUUGCGAGAUUUCGCCGCUCGCCUGAUGGCUCAGAGUUGUAAAACAUUCAGUACGACAACCAACAACAUCCAAUCCCGUAUUACCAAGACUUUUACUAAGAGCUGGUUGGAUGAAAAAACCCAGUGGACGACGCGAUACGGCUGCAUAGCUGGGCUUGCUGAACUGGGGCCUGAUGUGAUAAAGACGCUGAUCCUUCCUCGGCUUACUGUAGAGGGUGCUCGCAUCAAAGCGGUGAUGGAAGGACCCGUGGUCUCUAAUAUUGACAAGAUAGGAGCUGAACACGUUCAAAGCCUAUUACUGAAACAUUGUGCCAGUGUUAUUGCCAAGAUACGAGCGCAGCCGGACAUCGUGGAGCAGUAUCGGACAGACUAUGGCUACCUCGGACCCAUGCUCUGCUCGCAUGUGAUAAAAGCCAGAACCCAAGCAGCGCUGCAAGCUCAGCAGGUCAACAGAACCACAUUAACAAUCACUCAGCCUCGUCCCACCCUGUCUGUUUCACAAAGUGGACUAAGUGGGUCAGGAGGGCCUCGCACCCCCAGCAUCAUUAAAGUUCCCAGCUCCCUCACUCUCAUGUCCCCGAGACCUGGCACCCCUUCACAGCCGUCCCCUCCGGCAACAAAGUAUAUAGUAAUGGGAACCAGCGCAGGAGCUGCCUCAACUCAGCAGGUGAUCACUCUUAGCUCUUCCCAGUCAGCUUCACCAGUAACGAGCACUGUUCCCAGUGCAACCUCAACUCUUCAACCUCUGGUUAAACUGGAGUCGGGCAGUGCUCCUGGACUGACGGCCUCACGCCCCAUGCAGAAGUACAUAGUCGUAUCUCUACCAUCGUCCGCCUCCUCCUCUUUGGAGACAAAGAGCUCUGUGCUGCCGACCUCCAUUUCCUCAACUCCGCUGGACGCAGGGAUGAAGCUGGAGCGGUCCGAGUCUCCGGGGGCGAGCACACAGUCGCCGCACUGAUUCCUAUGCAGCCGCUGCACACGCAUGGAGAUUAGUCUGGACUCAACCUAAAGGGUAAACCGCGCAGCACCAUGACGUUUAGUAUGUGAACUCUUGACUAAUAAAGAGCCAUUGUGACCAGACUUUGUAAAUAUCUUAAAAUCCCACGAAAGCCGAUAAUCUGUGAGAUCUUCAGUGUUUCGUCUUAUAUUCUAACCGAUUUCAUUUUUUUUUUACCCUAAAAUAAAUCAGAUUUUGUAUGGAAA